CGCGCACUACACCACACUCGUGGUAGUAAAUAAGAAUUAAUUAAGACAGGGGAGUGUACCAGAGGAGGAGUGUACAGCAUGUCUACUGAAAGCAGGAGCCCUGAGCAAUGUCUGGAGGAGGGGAAGAAGUACCUGGCUGCAGGCUACCCUGCAGAGGCUGUGGAAAGCUUGCAAGAUGCAUGUGCCAUUCUGGCUGAAGAGUAUGGUCAAACUGCACCUGAGCUGGCUGAACCCUACUACUUGUAUGGGAAGGCCUUACUAGAGCUUGCAAGGUCUCAGAGCACAGUCCUGGGCUCUGGUAUUCCAGUACCCAACAAGAGCAGUGACUCUUCUGAUGACGAGGGUGAUGACGAGGAUGCCCCUGAAACUAAUGGUACUAAUGAAGCUACUCCUUCUACCGUAUCAAGUACUACCAACAUUGGGGAAACUCCUGGACCAAGUACAGGUAACGAAAGGGAAGCCCCAGGACCAAGUACAGGUAACGAAGGGGAAGCCCCUGGACCAAGUACAGCUAACGAAGGAGAAGCUCCUGGACCAAGUACAGCUAACGAAGGGGAAGCCUCUGGAUCAAAUGAUACUAAUGAAGGAGAAGAAGACGAAUCUGAUCUAAAGCUGGCGUGGGAGAUACUGGAACUGGCACGAGUCAUCUGUCAGAAGCAAAAUGGUGAGGAAAACAAGUUGAAGCUUUCUGACGUUCAAUUGGUUCUGGCUGAAGUGAGCCUGGAGAACGACCAAUCAGAUGAAGCCAUCGCUGACCUCAACUCAUGCCUGCAGAUCAGAGAGCUGUUCCUAGAACCUCACGACAGGAGACUUGCUGAAGUGCACUUCAACCUUGGUCUGGCCUACAUUCUGAGCAAACAACCUGACCUAGCCAUCAGCCACUUUAGCAGUGCCAAGACCGUCCUAGUCAAGAGGAGAGAGUUAUUGGACGGAGAGAUGAGAGGGGCAGAGGUUAGUGAGGAGAGGAAGAUGGCUAUUAAAGAGGAGGUCUCUGAGAUUACAGCGCUACUACCAGACAUCAAGGUCAAGAUCUCAGACACUCAAGAGAUGAAGAGAAUGGUGGAGGAUAAAGAGAAUCAGACACUAGCAGGAGAGGAGAGUGGCUUCUCUGCAGUCAGCAGUUCUGCUGCUGAUUUCUCUAAACCAGCCACAGACAUUUCUCAUCUAGUCAGGAAGAGGGUGGUGACUGAGGCUGGAGAGGGGAGCAGUGUUGCCAAGAAACCACGCACUCAAGAGAACGGACAAGCAUCUGCUGAACAAUAACAGUCAUCUCUCUAUUUAUAGUUCUAACCCUCACAACACUUUAUACAUUUUCUAACCCUCACAACACUUUAUACAUUGUCUAUUUGCCUCACUUUGUCUACAUCAUUGUUAGGCCUGUGUUAGUUGCAUCAUUUAAUUAAAUUAAUACAUCCGGA